AGUCGUUUACCAGCACGAAUUCUUUCUGAUUGGAAUUUAAAAUUUUAUCCAGUUUGUGACAUUGCCUUUAGUUUUAUUACAGAAAAUGAAGACCAACCAGUUUUUAAUGUUCGCCUAAUAAAUCCACAAUUAUAUAGAAAUGUUAAAAAUUUGAAACGUUUUCGAAAGUUAAGAGUUAAAGUAGCUCAUAUGUGGCCUUUUGUUCAAAUGUGUAAAAUUGCUGGGGAAUUACUUACUGAAAAUGGAAUGACAAUGUUCACAUCUGUACCAAAACGUUUCCGUUCACUUGAAUGUAUAGAUAUUUAUUCGCUCGUCGACUUUGAACGUAUUGCAAAUAAAAAUUUGAUAGAAUUUCUUGAACCGUUGGCAAAAAUGGGUGCAGCUCAUAUUGAAAGUUGUGAGCAUUGUCGUCAACAAGCAUUUUUCUGUCAAAUUUGUAUGGACCCAAAAGAUUUACUUUUUCCUUUUCAAUUGGAACGUUGUUAUAGAUGUGACAGUUGUGGUUCACUUAGUCACAAAAAUGUCACCGAAUGGCUUCAAAACGUUUAUCUUCUUCGUCUUAUGAUCCAGAAUUGGACAUUCCGUGUGAAAAAUGUGAACGGAUUCGACAGAAAAAGCUCAGAUUGCAAAGAACAACAACACCAACUCGUGAACAGAAAUAAAAAAGAAAGAAUUGCGGCGAAUACUUAA